UUGAACCACGUAUUCCAUACCGCACAGACAGUCUAGCGCAAAAAAGUAACAGCUAUAAACAUCCUACUGAAAAACAAAACCAUCCCCACAACGUUAUGUAAAGUGUUGCAUGGCUUUCUAAUUUAUCAAAUAGUUAAGUAUCCGAUUUAUCUACACACGCGUUUUACUACUACUGCUACUAUGAAAAAUUGUCAAUGAAGUCACGUGAUAAUGUGAACAGCCACGCCAUUGGACAAGUACUCAAAGUGCUGGAAUACAAAAAACUAUAAUAGUUCCGUGCUGAUGGGAAUCAAACUCAUACUAUUCUGAGAUCUGAUACCUACUAUUACUAACACACACUAUUAACAAUGUGGACAUUUAUCUUGCUAGCUACUCUUGGACUUUUAAGCGUUAUAUUCUUCUGCCAAAGAAGAAAACAGAUGGCCGCUUUUAAAAAACUUGGCAUUCCAGGCCCGGCACCAAAUUUCUUAUUUGGAAAUUUGCUAACAUUUUGGCGUACACCGAUGUUUCAACAAUACAGAAAAUGGGCAGACCUUUAUGGAAAGACGUACGGGUACUUUGAGGGACCAAGUCCUGUCCUGGUUACAUCAGACAAGGACAUCUUGAGUGAAGUUUUCGUCAAGCAGUUCAAGUCUUUUCAUGCGAGAAAAAUAUUUCCGGUGCAAGUCGACCCGGAUAAGGACGAGGAAGUACACAUGUUUUUUGCCCACGGCGAGCGUUGGAGGCGGCUGAGGAGCAUCGCGAAUCCGGCUUUCAACACGGGCAAGAUGCGAAUGAUGUCACCAAUGAUAAAUAAACAAAUAGACAAAUUCCUGGACGUUUUGGAAAAGCAAUGCGAAGCUAAAACAGAAUUCGACAUUUAUGAUGUUCUUCAAAGACUAACAUUCGACACCAUUGCAAAAUGCGGUUUUGGGUUGAACGCCGAGUCAAUACAGAAACCAAAUGACGAAUAUUUGCAAAACUGUCGUGGAGUCAUCAAUGACACAACAAAGAGGCCGAUUCUGUUCUUGUUUGGAUUUAUAUUCCCAACCCUUCAUCGGCUCUGGAUAUCAAUAUACUACCUACUGGGCAAGCUAAAGUUCAACCCCGUCAUAUGGUUGGAAAACGAGCUGCAGAGUAUUAUCAACGGCAGAAAGAAAGCAACUGCUAAAGACUCCCAUGAUCUUUUGGAACUCUUCCUGAAUUCCGAGUACGAUCCAGGGCGAUCCGAUAUGGAAGAACUUUCUGACCAAGAAGACAACCAAAAAACCAUCGCAAAACACAGAUUUCUCUCGUCACAGGAGUUGGGGUCUAUGUGUCUUCUGUUUCUGCUGUCUGGGUAUGAAACAACAAGUACAUUCCUCGCUUACGUUAUGUACGAGAUGGCGCGCAACCCAAAGGUCCAGUGUGUUCUUCAAGAUGAGGUUGACAAAUACUUCCCUUAUGAUGACGAUGUUGUAGAAUAUGAUAACGUGAUGAAAAUGGAAUAUUUGGAUAUGGUCUGGUGCGAGACGUUGAGAAAAUACCCAUUAGCUAGCACUGUGAUAGCCAGACAAUGUAUGCGUUCUACAAAGGUCCGUGACUACAACAUAGAACCUGGUAUGGUCAUACAAGCCAACGUUUGGGACCUGCAUUACGACAAAAACGAAUGGGGAGAAGAUCCGAAUACUUUUGACCCAUUAAGGUUUACUGCAGAAAACCGAUCGAAACGUCAUCCAAUGGCAUGGAUGCCGUUCGGGAGCGGCCCUCGGGCUUGCGUGGGGCUUCGGCUUGCUCAGUUGGAGGGUAAAAUGACCAUUGUGAGACUUUUGAGAAGGUUUACUGUGCUUCCCGGCGAGAAUUUGGGACCGAAGUUAAAAAUUGUUGAAGGGGCUACAAUAUUUCCACAAGAUGGCGUACAGAUACGGUUGAUACAUCGGAUUUAAAAGAACUACAGAAAAUAUCUAAGGACCAUUCAAACAUUGACUAUUUGUGAUGAACUAUUUUCCAAAAACGCGAUAUAUUUUAUUUAUUUGUAUAGGGCGCAAUUGACCUAGUAACAAACUCCUGAUACAUCGUUUUUGGAGAUUUGUUCUUCACCCUUCAAAUUGGUCUAUACCCUGAAUAUGGAGUUUUGAAUUUGUUGGUGCCAUGCUUUCAUGUUUAUUUAUAGAUUCAUUCAUCUUAGAAGUUACUUUGUUCUCAUAAAUGAUAUCCGUUUUUACAUAAAACUUGAAGGAAAAGAAAAAUGAAUCUUUAAAAUGAUUUAAUCAAUCAACUUGUUAUUUAAAUGGACCCUGUCACAUCGGCAACCUUUGCAGCUGAGCUUAAAGGCAACUUCUAUAAACCUUAGUAGAAAAGGCUAAAUAAAACACUUUUUUAAAGAUGUUAUCUCAAAAAGAAACGUCAAGUUCUGUGUUUUGAAUGGAAGUACAUUAACUGUACCGAUUCGCACAAAAUGUGUUUUAAUACAUAACUUUGAUCUGAGACAAUAACUCAAAAUGUCAUUUCUGAACUUGUUGUACGAGUUGAAUUUGGCAGAUUUCAAAAUUUAUUUUUGUAUAUUUGUGAUAAUUCAUACUUUUUCGUCGCAAAGGUUGUAUUUUUCAAAUGUUUAACAUGAUUGCCUUUAAAUUGUGGCGAAUGUUGGUGAAACGUUGCGGCUUACACGGAAAGAAUUUAAUAAAGUUGUUCGGGAAAACUUUUAAGUAAGCCAAUAUUUGGUGUUGUUAUUGGAUUGGAUUUUUUCAUGUUUUUAAAGCUUAGCAAAAAGUGUACAUCUGGCGUUGACGUCAUUCAUACUAACACUUAUACACGGGCUAUUUGUGCAAUACAUUUCAUGAGUUGUUAAUCAUGUUUUCAAGAAAGAAAUGCUAUCUUUCUUAACUUCAUCCCAAUCACAUACCAUUUGUUUCAUGUCAUCAAUUGUACAGAGAUUAACAUGCAGCUUAUUUAUUUUCCAGUACUUCAAUAUUUUAUUUUGUCGUUCAUAUUUGCUUAGUAUGUAUAUUAUUGUGAGUUUGAUUUUUGUGACAAUAUUUCUAAAACUAUUGGUUUUAAACCUGCAUCACACGUUAGAAAUGUUUAAAAAUGUAAUGACCCGACUUUGUUUAUAGGGACUCGCUUGUGUGUUUGGACCAAACUCUUUCUUUUUACGGUAGUGCAUCUAAAAACAAUACUAUUAUAAUUAUUUUACUUUUUGAUACCGGAAUUGCUAAAAAAUGCAAUUUAAGUAUACAACUUAAAAACUGGUUUUAGUAGAGAGAGAGAAACUACGCCGGUACAUUCAAGAUAAAAAAUGGAAAACUGACAAAAAACGAAUUCAACCUUAAAGCGUUACUAAUUCUGUUCAAAAUCAUGGACUUUAAAGAGAAUAUUUAAGCAUAUUCCAACCUUUUUUUUAAAGGGACAAGUCAAUAUCUCGUUUUAAUAAUCCUAAUGAUUGCCACACUUUAUUUCGUCAUUAAAAUAGUGCAUUUUACAAAGCAUGAGCCAGUCCCUUAAAGGUAUCUUAUGUACAAUACAAGCUUUUCGUUGAAUUAAAGAUGAUAAAUUCACUCUGCCAUAUUGUUACUAAGUAAGGGUUUUCGGACGUUUAUUAUACAUGUAUAUGUAUUGUAUAUGAUCAGCAUGCGAUACCCCUUUUAUUAACAUUAAAUUAUAUGUGGUCGCUCGGAACCCAAAAAUAACAUAUUUGUUCAUGGCUUGAUGUAUUGACAAAUUAUUGUACAAAGGAUACCUUAAUAUGUAAUAUAUGACCAUUUUAUCAAAGUAUCUGUGAUAUUUAUUUAUUGCUUAUUAAAGGAAAUAUGAACAUA